UUUAAGCGCGAGACUUGUGCGUCGAAGAUUACGACAUAUUGCCAUGAGGGGAACUAUCAUCCACAAGAAGUACUUCUAUGGUUCGGUUUCAUUGCUUCCUCUGACAACUGCAUUUACUGUUUUACCUUUGCCUAACAUUCCAUUCUUUUGGGUUUUAUUCCGAACUUAUUCUCACUGGCGAGCUCUCCAGGGAAGUGAGAAGCUCCUUCAACUUGUCUCAGACAGCUCUUGGACUCUGAACUCUGGCACAGGGAAUGUGAAUGAAACCAAGCAUGAUGAUUCCAGGCAUGGAAUCCAUAAUUCAGCCAAACCUACAUGGGUUUUGCUACCAUCAAAGGAACUUGAGGAACUUCUUCAUCGGGGAGAUGGGCAUGAUGGUCUUAGUAAAUGUGCUAUUUCGGAUAUCUGCAAGGUCUGUGAUUUGAACGCAAAUGAUGUUAUGAAGUACAGGGAUUCAAUGUAAUUAAUUUUGUUGUAUCCUUUGCCAUCUCAAUUGUAACAUUAUUUAGUGGAAACGAAAUACCAUUUCAAUUUCUUUUCCUUUUCCAAGAUUUGCUUUUAGAAUAACUGUGCCAUGUAUGGUAACCUUGAACAAUGGAAGAAAUUUUGAAUAUACAAGAAUUGCUUGGAUGAAAGCGUCCAACCA